AUUAAGUUACUUUGAUUUUAGUUAAACCUCAACAUGAAGUCAGAGUUUGAUUCCAGCUAUUCGCUGUCUCCAGCAACAAGCAGCGUAAGCAGUCCUUGUACUGCUUAUCCAUAUUCAUCGCAGUCAUCAAUUUCCAGAGCUGACAGUUUAUCGGAGUAUGAUUUUGAAAAUGACGAUGUUUUUAACGCAGCAUCACCAGUAGAAAAGAUAGAUUUUAAUAACAUUUCUCCAGAAACUAAAACAAAAGGACUACCUAAACCGGAUUUAUCGGGAGCUGAAAAUCCUCCAAAGAGGAAACGCUACAACAAGUCUCGUCGACGUGAUAGGAGUCCAGCUCUGGUAGAGAAGAUAAAGAAAACCCGCAGAUCAAAAGCUAAUGACCGAGAACGUAGCCGUAUGCACGGACUAAAUGAUGCUUUGGAGACUCUGCGAGAAAUAUUGCCCGUCACUUCUGGUGAAAACAAACUUACAAAGAUAGAGACACUCCGAAUGGCACACAACUACAUAUGGAUGCUAUCACAGACCUUGGACAUGGUUGACAAAGCACCACAAACCUCUGUUCCCGUUUCUGAAAUCGAGCAAGUGCCAUCAAGAGACAAUAUCACAAAUAGUGCUGUAACACAGGAAUCGUCUUUUCUGUGUAAAGCGGAACAAUUCACAUGUCAGACCCCGUCACCAGUGCCAAGUGUACAAGAAAAUUAUUUCCAGGCUCAACAGCAUGACAUUUAUACAGUAACAACUACCUCGCGUGUUCCCGUAAAUGGAGAUAGACCUGUUACAUACUCAGAGACAUUUUCGCCUAUUUCUUCAUCGUCGCCAGUGUUUGCCUCUCACCAAACUAUACCAACAGGACAUAUUGUUAAAAAUAUGGCGCAUCCGUCUCUUGGAUUUACAAGUUAUGGACAAUCAUUUAGUUGGAAUUCUAUGUACCAAAGACCACAGCCUGGAAGUCCUACAGAAUACUCCGACACUUCUGACGGAUUUGCCUAUGAGAUGUUUCCGUAAAUUUCACUGUUAAAAUGUACAUUCAACAAACUGUGCUUUAUUUUGUGUUUAGACGAGAUUUCGUAUCUUGGAACUUGUGAUAUAUUUGUGCUUCCUAAUCAUAAAUUAUUUCUAUUUUGUAGAUAUUGAAAUUAUUUUUGUAAACAUUUAUAAAAUUACUAUGCAAAUGACAUUUCAUUAUUUUUAAUUUAUCUAUGCAUAAUAUUUUAUCAAAAUCAUCUUUUUUUGUAGUAAGUAGUAAAUCAUUACAUAAUUACGAUUGCGAUCUUACAAAUUUGUACAUCAUUACAAAAACCAGAAGUUCAAAAGAUGUUUUAUUUGCUCAAAGGUAAAUGAAUUUGAUAACGAAGUUGUACUUUUCACGGUUUAGCAGAUUUUAUUACAAAUCUUAUUUUUACAAGUGUGAAUUUAUCAUGUCGUUUUAUAGACAAUGCCAAACAUUCCAUAUUUGUCUAUUUGUUAUCGGGGAAAUCCAACUAUUUUGUAAUUUAAAAUUGUUAAUACUAUUGACAUUUUCAAUUUAAUUGAAAAUAAAUAAAUAUAUAAUUUCA